CUCUGGGGCUAAUUUCUUCAAAACGACUCCAAACGCCACCAAAGUUGUCUGGGGGAGUAAAUGGUCGUAUUUAAUGCUACAAAUAAAGUCCAGGUUGUAAAAAACGAAAGUUAUCCUUUAAAGGUGUACAUGCUUUUUAGUCCGUUUAGUUUCCGUCACGAUGGUGUUUUCAACUGUUUUUCAUCCAGCCAACAGCCCAAAAACAAAUCGAUCAAAGCAGUUAUGCGAAUGGUUGUCUGUGUGUUUUCUGACCAUGAUGCGACUCGUCACUUCCUUCAGCUGUCCAUGUCUUAUUGUGUGUGGCUGCAGAGGAGCUGCAGCAGCAGGCGGCACAGAGCAGCACUCAGAGAGAAGAGAUCAUCCGUCUGAAACAGGAGCUGCCUCGCAGAGAGGAGGCCAUGUCAGUAGCUGUUCUCAGACACCUGCCAGCCUGCAGAGAAAGCGUUCCUGCUGAGAUAAGUGCAGCAUUUUAUUGUUUUUCACCAGGAGAGGGAGACAGCUGGAAAGACGAGCUGCUGGAGCUGGCUCGCUCCAAACAUGAACUCAACAUGUCGGAGCUGCGCUGCCUUCUACAGGUGUGUGAGAAUCAGCAGAAUGACCUGCAGCUUCUGCAGCUGAACCUGGAAAGCGCUCGUGAAACCCUGAGAGAGAAGGCCGGUCAGCGAUUACCUGCCAGUCCGGAUGAGUUAAGACGUGGCUGCCUGGACAACCGGUCACCUUCGUCACUCAGAAUGAAGAACUCAAGACUUUCACAUGAUGCCGCCAAUCUGCAAGGCACAGUCAGCGGCGACCUGGGAGUCUCCUCGGCACACUCGAUGGACGGUGAAGAUCCUCUGUCCAGCUCCUCUCUGCAGCAGCUGUUACAGGAGUCCAUCAUGGCCAGUUCAGAGCACAGCAGCUCCAGACCUCACAGCUCCGUGAACAACAGUGGGACCACUGACCCACUUUGUUCUCACAAGUGCCAGACAUGCCACCACCACCCAGCCACCUCGACAUAUAAGGCCAGUGAAACUCCACCCGAAGCCUGUCCUCGACACGGUGCAAGCCAGACGUGUGGACGGCUCAACGGUGACUGAAGCACGGACUCAUUGUUGUUGGACACUUCAGUUUUUACUAAAGAUUUAAUAAUCAGCGUUGCUGCAGAGCCGGGAGCUGUAUGUGCACAGCUAAACGCUGAACUCAACUGUGUCUCAGGAACAUAAUUAAGUGAUAUAAAUACAGACUGUCAUGAAUUUGCAAGACUUUUUAUCUUGUUUUUAAUUUGAUGCUUUGCUUUGUAUGUUUCCUACGUAUGGAUAUUUUUGGGGGGUGCACCAGAGAUUAACAGACAUGCUGCAUAUUUUAAAAGCCUGCGUCAGCUGUGUAAAGGCUGCAUUGUGUGGACUGGGUGAGAUGUGAAACCAGUCCUACAGGGCUGUUGAGUGGUGAGUCCUUGUUUUGUCUUUCCAGUUUCACAACCUGCAGCUUCGCCUGGUGACUAAGAGGAAAUGUUGAUAGCUGUUAAUUGUUUAGACUUUUCAUUUUUAUCUAGUUCAUUCUACUUUUGAUUAAAAAAUAUAUAUUUAUAUG